GCCGUUUUUACAAAUCGAAUAGGAUUUUUCCUAACCUUAAAGCUUAAACAAUUGCAAAGUAUGUGUUAAAAUUAAUUGUUUUUAUUGUUCAAGAAUAGUAAGGAACGAAAUUAAUUCGAAAUUUAGAGAGCUUUGAAAAUUUGAAGAUUUCCUGAAAACGUGCGCCGCGAGAGAUGUCCAAGCGCAAGGGCGUGAGUGCAGACGAGAAGAGGACCAGGCUCUUGGAGCUGUUCCGGGAGAAACAAGAGUUCUUCCAGCUCAAGGAGCUGGAGAAGAUCGCUCCCAAGGAGAAGGGCAUCACCGUGCAGUCCGUGAAGGACGUGCUGCAGUCGCUGGUGGACGACGACCUGGUGGACAGCGAGAAGAUUGGCACGUCCAUCUACUACUGGUCCUACCCCAACAAGUCGGUGAACGCCAAGCGACGACGCACGGAGGGACUGGCGGCCCGGCUGCGCGAGGGCCUGCACGGCCUGGAGGAGGCUCGCGCGGAGACGCAGCGCGCACGGGAGGGCAGGGAGCCCACGGAGGAGCGCGCGGCGCUGCUGGGCGAGUGGGCGGAGGUGAGGGCGCGGCACGAGGCGGCCGUGCGUCGCCUGCAGGAGCACGACGUCGACAACCCGGAGAGGUUCCUCGCCAUGCGGUCCCAGACACAGGUGGCGAAAGAAGCAGUCAACAGGUGGACAGAUAAUAUUUUCACCAUGAAGUCAUGGUGCAAGAACAAAUUUGCCAUUGAAGAAUCUGUCCUGGACACCCAGUUUGAAAUAGAUCCAGAAAUGGACUACGUUGACUAGCUCCCUACUUCUGUGCUAUUUGUGCUCCGAGAGUUGUAUGACAUGAUUAGGCUUAAGCUACAGUUAAAAUUGCCUGAAAGUGAAAUGAAAUUUUAAGCUAAAGUUUCACAGAACCUGAAGAUACCCAAAAGAACAUUCUUGUGACUUCGGAGAUUGUGCAAUGCUACCAUCUGGCUAGCACUGAUAGCAGAUAUUUGGCGAUUUGUAUGUAAUGUGUAUACAUUUAUCUUAUUUGUUGUUACCUAUUUUAUUUGUCAUCUUUUGUUUCAUGCUAUUCUAUUCAACCGUUUUGAGUGUUGAUUUUUAUCUUAUUUGUUUUCCUGUU